UUCCAGUCUUUGCUUCCCAUUUUGUAACGUGCAGUACAUACGUCUAAUGAGGUACUGACGUUUUUGGGUCCUAUUUUAAUUUGGUCCGGGUCCAUUAACACGUUUUUUAGACCGAACGUUCAUUUAAUAGCGGGACUAAGGACAUAAAGGGUCUGAAAAACAUCACGAAUCCUGCUAGUCGAGAAAAUAUAGCUUUACGUUGUGAGGAAGAAGUGGAAGAAAGAAAGUUGUGGGAAAGAAAGAGAAGUACUGACGUCCCGCUGCGGUGUCGCAUGGCCGACGUGUGCAUUUCGAAAUCUAUCGUCGCGUGGUAUUCGCCGUGCAGCAGGUAUAGACGUUAAAGAGGAAUUGCACGUGGCAAGACGAUCCUAGAAAGGAACAUACACACAAAAAGCGAACCUGUGGUACCCGGUUUUCGCGAGGACGCGGGCCACUUUAAUCUUUCCAACGAACUUCCUCGAUAAAUCUGCCGACACGUAUUAAAUCCGACGAAGAUCUCAGAAGCCGCGACCACGCGACUCUACGCACAGCAAUGUCCAACGAGGAAACUUCCGCCGACCGCAAUGUCGAAAUCUGGAAAAUAAAGAAACUCAUAAAGAGUCUCGAAAUGGCUAGAGGGAACGGUACCAGUAUGAUUUCAUUAAUUAUACCCCCUAAAGACCAAAUAUCAAGAGUAAGCAAGAUGUUAGCUGAUGAAUUUGGAACUGCGUCUAAUAUUAAGUCCCGUGUAAAUAGAUUAUCGGUUUUGGGUGCAAUUACAUCUGUACAACAUAGGUUAAAAUUAUAUACCAAAGUGCCUCCAAAUGGCCUGGUAAUAUAUUGUGGUACUAUUGUGACCGAAGAAGGCAAAGAAAAAAAAGUCAAUAUUGAUUUUGAACCAUUUAAACCUAUUAAUACUUCUUUAUAUCUUUGCGAUAAUAAGUUUCAUACAGAAGCCCUUACUGCAUUACUAGCGGAUGAUAAUAAAUUUGGAUUUAUUGUUAUGGAUGGUAAUGGGGCUUUAUUUGGUACUCUUCAAGGAAAUACGCGUGAAGUUUUACAUAAAUUUACUGUUGACCUUCCUAAAAAACAUGGUAGAGGAGGCCAGUCAGCUCUUCGUUUUGCACGGUUACGUAUGGAAAAACGACAUAAUUACGUCCGAAAAGUAGCUGAAGUAGCUACACAACUUUACAUUACCAAUGACAAGCCUAAUAUUGCUGGAUUGAUAUUAGCAGGAAGUGCAGAUUUUAAAACAGAACUUAGUCAAUCAGAUAUGUUUGAUCCUAGAUUGCAAGCAAAAGUUAUAAAGUUAGUUGAUGUGUCUUAUGGAGGGGAAAAUGGUUUCAAUCAGGCCAUUGAAUUAGCAGCUGAAUCUUUACAAAAUGUAAAAUUCAUUCAAGAAAAAAAACUCAUUGGUCGUUAUUUUGAUGAAAUAUCUCAAGAUACUGGAAAAUAUUGUUUUGGCGUAGAAGAUACAUUAAGAGCUUUGGAAUUAGGUAGUGUAGAAACGUUAAUUUGUUGGGAGAAUUUAGAUAUUCAACGAUAUGUUCUAAAAAAUCAUACAAAUGCAGAAGAGAAAGUAUUACAUUUGACACCGGAACAAGAAAAAGACAAAACUCAUUUUACAGAUAAAGAGAGUGGAGUAGAAUUGGAACUUGUGGAAUGUCAACCACUACUUGAAUGGCUUGCGAAUAAUUAUAAGAGUUUUGGUGCCACCUUGGAAAUUAUUACAGACAAGUCGCAGGAAGGAUCACAAUUUGUCAGAGGGUUUGGUGGAAUAGGAGGAAUCCUCCGCUACAAAGUUGACUUCCAGUCACUGCAGGCCGAUGAGCCUCUUGAUGAUGUUGACCUCGAUGAUUACUAAUUUCAUCCAUGAGAUACUCAAAGUCAACCAGCUCGCAUACUGGGAAAGGUAUUCUACGUUACAAAGUGGACUUUCAAAGUAUGCAGCUGGAAGACAUUGAAAUUGAUAGUUUCGAUCUGGAUGACUAUUAAAUUCCCGAUUUGACAAAAACACGAUCCUCUUAGCUUCGAAAUGGAAAAUAGCACGUACCUCUUUGCAUUAUAUUUCAAGAAAACUAUGCAAAGAUGCACGUUGCAAAAUAAUUAUUUGAUGCGGUACAUAGGGUAUCAUCAGGAAAUUAUUGUCUAGACUAUGAACAUCAAGCAGCUAGCAAUUUACACAGGACAGUGCGGAAAAAAUGGUGCGUUGGUAACAGUUCAUAUCUGUUAAUAACAACAAAGGCAACUCGAAGACUGUGACACUUAAUUAAGCCAGCUUGAUAUCUGCCUACUCCACACAUUACCUACUAUGUUCUUUGAUUAUUCACAUGGAUUUAUUUAAUAACUCGCUCAAACAAUGGUAUCAUGUAGAAUUGUACAGUAUAUGAUUUGAGGUAUAUCAUUUUCUCUCACAUCGACGUUUAUCAUCUUGUCAUCGUGCUAUUAAAAAAAGUGGUUAUUCAUAAAUACAGUUCUAGCAUAAUUUUUGUUCACAUACGAUCAUGGCUGAGCUGUAAUAAACUGAUUGUCAUAAACUUAAAUGUGCGUAUCGUGCAUUCUAUACCAAUUGCAAAAUUCAUAUGAAUAAUAAAAAGCUCUGUACAUAUACAUAAAUUUUUAAUGGCACAGUUGCCUUAGGAGAAACAAAAUCUUUCCGUCUUAACGAGUGAUACACAUACAAAUGUAAGAACAGUUUCUUAAAAUCGAUAUUGCUUUAUUGCUGGCUCGCGAUUCUUAGAUUUUGUACACCCACGACUGUACAUAACAAAUGCUGUAUAAGCGUAUCAACCUAAUCUCUUAAUUGUUGAAGAGGUUCGCCUCAAUGGUAAGAUAAAUUUUUGCAAUAUAAGAAUAACAGUUACUAAAGAUAUUACAAAUAUUAUAAUUAAAUUUUUAAUUUGUCUUGCUUAUUUGUACAAUGCCUUUGUAAUAAACAGUACUGUAAAUGUAUAAAUGUGAAGAGAAUGCAAUGUGCGAUGUUGGCAAUGUAUCCUUUAUAAAAAAAAAGAAGAAAAAUAUUAUAAGGAAUAGUUUUUUUCUUAAUGCUGUGAAAUUUUCGAUAAA